AUGAAAUACCCAUUUCCGCCAACAGACCGGAAAGGAUUUGAUGUCGCAAUCAUCUGCGCGCUACAGCUGGAAGCCGAUGCUGUAGAGUCAAUCUUCGACAGAUUCUGGGACGAAGAUGGCGACCGUUACGGCAAGGCAGCCGGAGACAAAAAUGCAUAUCGGACUGGGGUGAUCGGGAAUCACAACGUCGUACUAGCAUUCAUGCCGGGCAUGGGAAAGGUUCAUGCGGCAAGUGUCGCAAUCAGUUGCUAUUCGAGCUUUCAGGGCAUUCGACUGGCGUUGAUUGUCGGAAUUUGCGGAGGCGUACCACAAGGUACUGAAGAUGGAAUAUUCCUUGGUGACAUUGUAAUCAGCGACGAAAUCCUGAUGUACGACUUUGGGAAGAUGUAUCCUGGAGGAUUUCAGCGCAAGGAGACAGUGGCUCGUUCCGCUGUGGACAGCGAAGUACUAGCUUUCCUACGAAAGCUGAAAAGCCCAAAGGGUCGUCAAAGUCUACUCGGAAGAACAAAUCACCAUCUCACUGUUCUACAAACACAGAGUGACGAUUAUCACUGCCCCGGCAGACGGCUAGAUCAGCUUUUUGAACCAACCUAUCAUCACAAACACCGUGGUACCUCGAAAUGCAAAAAGUGCAAGAAGGGCGAGCCUUGCAAAAAGGCACAAGAGUCCACGUGUGAGGAAUUGCAAUGCAAUCCAAAGAAAUUGAAACAUCGUUCUCGCAAGAAUCCCAGUGGAAUAAACAUUCAUUUCGGGCGGAUAGCAUCGGGUGAUAUGGUGAUGAAGUCUGGCGUGGACAGGGACAGGAUUGCUGCAGAGGAAGAUGUGAUCGCGUUUGAGAUGGAGGGAGCAGGGGUAUGUGGUAGUAUGCCAUUUAUCGUUAUAAAGGGAGUAUGCGACUAUGCCGACAGCCAUAAGGACAAAAUAUGGCAGAAGCAUACAGCCGGGGCGGCCGCCGCUUGUAUGAGAUCAUUGCUGGAGCAGUGGGCAGCCAUCGACCACGCUGAACAAAGGCGUAUUCAUAUCAAAGAUUUGUUGGACGGAGAGCCAGAACCAUCCAUCAAAACACCCUCAGAGAUCCAGUCAACUCGAGGCGAUGAAGGUUAUCAUUCACAAAACAGUUACGAUAGCAGCGAUGGUGAGAUAACGCAAGUUUUGUCACGGAUUGAGUCCUGUUUUAAGAGCACCCUUGCCUACUUCAAGCAAUACCGAAAGUUUUUACCUCGAGAUAUUGAUCUCAAAAGGACAUUUAAAACACAGCGUGUUAUCUUCGCGGGCAAUGUGAAGAGUCUGUCGUCGGAUGCUCCUGAUUCUGUCAACGACUACCUGGGGUCGUCGAAAAAAGUUUGCCUACAAGCAGCUCUAGAGAUAGAGAGGAAACUUGAGCAUAUUCAAGGACUCACUAAGCACCUUCCUGCUCCUACUAAGGCCAGAGAACAAAGCAAGAGUGCCACAGAAACGUUGAAGCAUGCUGUCGAAGACCUCAAGUCCCUCAUACAGGUCUUCGCAUCCUCAAUCCCUCAAACCAACCAGCCCCUCCCAUGGGUGGAGCCUAACAAGGCCGAGACCACCAGAAGUCGGCGUGAAUUCCAACACUUCCACAUUGUUCAGCAAGCGGCGAACAGUCUCUAUGAUGCACUUGGAACAGCAUGCAACUUGCACACCAUUCAUGAUGUCCAUCUUUCUCUCCAGCCAGACCUUGAUCGAACCUCGACGAGGGUGCGAUUCGAUGUGGCCUUUUCCCAACAUUCUAUGCCAUUGGGCACUGCAGUGUGGAUCAACGUCGAAUCGACCAUCAAAUCUGUCGAAACGAGUUCAGAUCCGGGUUGCACGUCGACUACGACAAGCAUGACCCCUCUGAAACGACAAUCAAGCCAAAAGGAGCAAAAGCCGUCUUCGACAAUGGUUCGUAAAACUGUUCAGUUCCACCUUCAAUCGGGGCCUGCCUUAUCACUGCACCCAGUACAACUCACUGCCGCGAUACCGAAUCUCUAUUUGCAGCGGAACUUCUGCACCGUGGUGGAACGGUCCCUUCACAAACGGAUUUGCAAUGGCUGCAUCGGCCUUCUUGGAGACAAUGAAUCCUGUAAGCACUUGGCCUACUUAGGAAGGCAGACUGAGAGCUCGACUACACCCACAUCCUUGUCUCAACUAGUCUCUCUAUCGAAAGCAAACCCUAUGAAAGAGAUGGGUACCUACGAGCGUGUACGGCUGGCAAGAUAUCUCGCAACCGCUGUUCUCUACUACCAUGCUACACCUUGGUUAAGGAAAGCAUGGUCUAGUAACGACGUCUAUUUCUUCGAUAAUCAUGAUGCCUCUCUUCAGCAAGAACGCCAGCGCAUCCCAUAUAUGACCGCCUCUAUCCAUGCAUCAAGCUCUUCAACGCAAUCUCAAUCCCGAUUAUCCGAUUACCACCACAUAAUUCGUAACCCUGUUUUGUUUGGUCUAGGUGUGAUGUUUCUGGAACUCGCAUUCCAAGCUCCCCUUGGAGCUUUACAACACCCAGUCGAUCUGGAAAAAGGGGAAACAUGGGGAUUUGUGGAGUAUUUUACGGCACACAGGGUUGUAGAGCAAAGCCACAGCAAGGUCAGCACGAGUUUCAAAAAGAUAAUCAAACAGUGUUUGCACUGUGACUUUGGGCAUGACAGUGAUUUCACAAGUCCUGCGCUUCAGCAGGCGUUUCACAAAGAUGUCAUCGCUGUUCUUGAGGACCUGGAAGAAGUUUUUCGGGAUUUGCAACUUGAAUAA